ACGAUUCGCUGGUUGUAUGGCCUUGUUUUGGAAAGGACACAGUCAAGCGUUCCUAUGGAUUGUUGAACGCAGGCUGCAAUACUGACCUCCGCCUCCUGACUGCUGCAACUCAAAAUAUGAGUGUCCUUCAAAGCUUGAGACAAGACAUUCGACCAUCAAGAUGCAGGUGCUGGGCAAUAUUACAGCUCAGCAAGGGGCCAUGGUACCGAGAUGGCGAGAAUGAUUUGGAAAGUAUGCCCCAUGGCCAGGAUAUACUCGAUCCGACUCAAGACACACAUCAGUCCAAACAAGGGGCAGUGUACGAUUUAUGCAGUCUCUGCAGCUCCGGUGUGUUAUCAUGGGUCAGUCAGGCUCCUGGCCACUUCUUAAUGCACUAUUAAUCGACUUUGCUACACGCCAUCGAAGCUGCUUUGGAAAAGAACGCAACCAUCAUCUCCAUGUCGUGGACUAUACUAGUGCCACCGGGGGGAAGCAAAGAGAAACAACUUUUGAGUUCGGCGCUGGAAAAGGCAUGCAGUCGGAAAGUCCUCAUGUUCUGCUCGUCGUCAGACCAGAUUUCUGAAACCAAGCAUUAUCCUUCCGGCUUCAGACGAUCAAGGUUCUUCUUGAUCGGAGCCGCUCACGAUGACGGAAGUGCUUACGGCCAUGCCGGGAAGGACAACGAUUUCAUUUUUCCUGGAGUCAAUGUCAAUACGAGCAGCGGAGCCAGCCUGUCGGCAUACCUUGACGAAAAGGUGUUGUCGAGCAAAGAGUCGACGGGUUCCAGCAUUGCCACAGCUCUCGCUGCUGGGCUAGCCGCAAUGAUCACGUACUCCUUUAAGACGAGUGAAUUGGCCAUUGUUACAGCCAAAAUGCAGCAGGGAAAAGACUACAUUGCGGGUCCAGAACUUGUGCAGCCAGGGGAUGUUGAGAGGAUCGCUCAGCAUAGCGUUGUCAAGACGGCAUUCAACAAAAUCGGUAAAAUAGACAACGGGUAGUUCAUUAAAUUUUGGGACACGUUCGACAAAGCAAGCCGAAUUCUCGAGGGCGAUAGCACUUGCGAAGACGAGCUCACCUGCAUCAUGAAGCUUUGCUCGAAUCUUAUCGAGCAUUGGGAUACACACGAAAGAGGAAGUAGCAGUUACGUAGCAAGAGAAGACAUGCUGGUUUAACAACUACAUUCCACUAGGGAAAUACCACUUGCGGA